UUGGUGGGCUUAUGUAGGGUGGGGGGCGGGGAAGGGAACACCCGGUGGUGGGGUCGUCAGGAUCUGCAUCUCUCAGGUUUGUGUGUUUCCGGCAGCAGGAUGGCGGGCGUGAACGGAGACCGCAAGGGGAAAAAAGAUGACAACGGGAUCGGGACCGCUAUCGAUUUCAUGCUUUCCAAUGCUAAACUUGUUCUGGGGGUGGGCGGGGCAGCCAUGCUUGGCAUCGCGACCCUCGCUGUCAAAAGAAUGUAUGACCGGACCAUUAGUGCCCCCACCAGCCCCACCAAGAUGCAGCAGACGGGGAAGAGAAGCUGGGAGGAGCCGGCGUGGGUGGGCUCCUCUCCACGAGUUCUCAACCACGACAUGAAGUCCACGGUUAGCCGCUCCCUGCAGUCUCUGCCCACGACCUCUUGUUCUUUUGAACCAGACUGCCUGCGCAGAGCCGUGGGUCGCUCCGCGGUGGGAGGAAGCGGCGCCACCCGCUCCGGCCUGUUGCAGGCCCGCAUGCGCCUCUCCCUGCAGGAACGCCUGUGGGACUUCUACCAGACCCGGGUCAACAUCCCCGCUGAGGAGCAGGCCACGGCCCGGAGGGCGGCGCUGGACAUCUGCGCCGAGCUCCGGGUCUUCCUUCACGCCAAGCUGCCUGACAUGCCGCUCAGAGAGAUGUACCUCAGCGGCAGUCUCUAUGACGACCUGCAGGUGGUGACAGCCGACCACGCCCAGCUGAUGGUGCCUCUUGUGUUGGAGAAGAACCUGUGGUCGUCCAUCCCCGGGGAGGACACCAUCAUGAACAUCCCGGGGUUCUGGCUCGUCCGCAGGGAGAACCUGGAGUACUUCCCUCGCAGCAGCAGCUACUGGGACCGCUGCAUGGUCGGCGGCUACCUCUCCCCCAAAUCGGUCCUGGAGGUCUUCGACAAGCUCGUCGCCGGCUCCAUCAACUGGCCCGCCAUCGGCAGCGUCCUCGACUACAUCAUCCGCCCCGUGGUUCCCUCGGAGACGCUCACCCUGGAGGUCCAGUACGAGACGGACCGCAGGCUGUACGUGGACUUCCUGCCUCUGCUGGUGAUGGAGGACGGGACGUCGCUAAUCGCCAAGCCGCACCGGCUCGCCGCCGAGCGCCACGAGAACCUGUGGCGGCAGAGCUUCCGCGUGGCGGAGACGGCGCGCCUCCGGGCGCUGGACCAGGAGGACGGCGGCUGCCGGUACGCCUGCCUCAAGGCGGCAAAGGCGGCGUGCAAGCUCAACCCCGCCCUCCACCUCCUCAACUCCAGCCAGCUCACAAACGCCAUCCUGCUGCUGAGCGAGAAGGAAGGCGACUGGACGCGGGAGGCGCUGGCCGACCGCUUUCUGCAGCUGCUGCGCGCGCUGGUGGGACACCUAGAGGCCGGGAGGCUGCCGUGCGCCCUCCACCCCAAAGUUAACUUGUUCUGUGAGCUGACGGAACAGGAAGUGGACGAGCUGGGGUACACGCUCUAUUGCGCUUUAUCAGAUCCAGAGCAGCUGCUGAGAACUGCUGCAGGGCCGUAAAACAAAUCCAACAAGAUUAGAUGCCAACCUCAGUUUUGUUUGUUUUUUAUUUAUGGGGGUCAAAUAUACUUCAGUGGUGAUGAAGCUCCAGAAGAAAAGAACCUGCAUGGGGAAAGAAAAUCACCUCUUUUUGUUCUUGUUACCUCUAAAAAAUGUCAGUGAGUAACUACGACACAGUGUUAGUUUCCUCAAAGCCAUUGUAUUAAUGAAGUUUAGCCUGUUGUGCUCUGUUAAACUCAGAGGUCUUCACCUUCCUGUCGUUUAGAAAGAGGAAAGCAACAAAUUCAGCUUCAUUUGGACUCCUUGCACCUCCAUUUGCAGUUACCAUGGCACCAAUCUGUUUUUAAUCCCGUUUCAAAGGACUGAAUGUAAUGUUAAGUGUUUUGUAUGGAAAGCCAUUGUGUAAUAAAAUCCUGAUCAGCCUCUUAAAAAUGAAACCAUGCAAGAAUCAAAUUUCUGCUUAUUUAAAUCUCAGUAAUACAGUGGCUGAUUCAAAUAUUUCAGUACCUUGCAAAAGUAUUCACACCACUUGAAUUUUUAUUUCACAUUUUGUCAGCUUACAACCAUAAACUUUAAUUUCUUUUAGUCAAAUUUGUUUUGGACCCAAACGAAGUGGUUCAUGAUUUGAAAAGUGUGGCGUGCAUUUGUUUUCAGCCCAAUUUACUCUAAAAUCUUCAAAUAAAAUCCAGUGCAUGAGUAAAAUAGACUCAGAUCUGUGUGUAAUUUAGUCUACUGAAAGCAGUAUGAAUUUAUUUUUUUAAUGGUAUCAGAACAAAGAUGGUUGAACUCAUUUAUGCCAAACUGUAUUCGCUUGUGACAAAAUGUGGAAAAAGGUUCAAUUGUUGGGACUUUUGCGCAGCGCUGUGCAAAAGCAAUGUUUCGAACGUCGCGGUCCCAGCGCGAUGUAGAGGGUGGUAGAAGUUUCGUCGCGAUUCCAACAGGACGACCGUAUCAGGCGAGCAGGAAAUACCCAAUUUGUUGCCAGUGAGGAGAAAACUAAAAGCUGCUCUUUGUUGGAAAAUAAAGAAAUGUUAUUUUCUAAUUGCUUGGAUGUGGACACAAAUGACCAGAAAAUAUUGUAACCCUGUCUGGUUCAUUCAGAUGGAGAACCUGCAUUCCCCAGAUGGAGAAUAAAUCUAUGUAGCAAAUAUGAGAACCCAUAAAAAAAAACUACCAGACAGGC